AACCGAGAAGCAGCCAUUUGCUUAGUCACUUGCCAUUAUGAGUGGGGAGCAGAGGUUAUGAGAGGAGGACGAGGUUGAGAAUUAAAAGUCAACACCGCUGGAGAAAAGUGAAUAUUGGUCCGCGUCAGCACAGGCUGAAAGAAAUUCUUCGCCAGCCUUAAGUGUUGUGUCUGUCAACACACUGCUACUGAAAAAGUUUAUCUCGGGACAACAACGGAAUUUAACAAGUUCAUAAUAUGUGAGUAACUUAAUAAACUAUAACGAAGAUGAAGCCUUUAUCUUUCACCUCAGACCACUCGCUGCUGCUGCUCGGCGUCGUCUGGAGUCUUCUCGGGGGUUACACCGGCUCCGGUACAUCGACACCAAACCCAGAGUCAAUAGUGACAGUGACAAAUGCAACAGAAAUAGUAACGACAACCACACUCCAAACUACUCUGAUGACAACCCCUUCAACAACGAAACCUCCUCCUGCUAAUGCAGAGGGCUUUAAACCUGUUGGACAAAAUGAGACCAGUGUCACCCUGCAGUGGAACAAAGUGGAAAACAUCCUCACAUAUACACUUGUAUCCAACAAAGGAGAGAUAAGUGUCACUGCAUCAGAGGGAAAUCAACAAGUGACACACACGAUCUCAGAUCUCAGCAGUGGAACUAAAUAUGAUUUCAGUCUCUUCACUGUGUUUGAAACCGUCAGCAGCAGUGGAGUGAACCUCACUGCAGUCACUGCUCCUCGUAAUGCAGCAGAGUUUAAAUCUGUUGGACAAAAUGAGACCAGUGUCACUCUGCAGUGGAACAAAGUCAACGGCUCCCUCACAUAUACACUUGUGUCCAUCAAAGGAGAGAUAAAUGUCAUUGCAUCAGAGGGAAAUCAACAAGUGACACACACGAUCUCAGAUCUCAGCAGUGGAACUAAAUAUGAUUUCAGUCUCUUCACUGUGUUUGAAACCGUCAGCAGCAGUGGAGUGAACCUCACUGCAGUCACUGCUCCUCGUAAUGCAGCAGAGUUUAAAUCUGUUGGACAAAAUGAGACCAGUGUCACUCUGCAGUGGAACAAAGUCAACGGCUCCCUCACAUAUACACUUGUGUCCAUCAAAGGAGAGAUAAGUGUCACUGCAUUAGAGGGAGAUCAACAAGUGACACACACGAUCUCAGAUCUCAGCAGUGGAACUAAAUAUGAUUUCGGUCUCUUCACUGUGUUUGAAACCAUCAGCAGCAGUGGAGUGAACCUCACUGCAGUCACUGUUCCUCUAAAUGCUGGACAGUUUCAAUCUGUUGGACAAAAUGAGACCAGUGUCACUCUGCAGUGGAACAAAGUCAACGGCUCCCUCACAUAUACACUUGUGUCCAUCAAAGGAGAGAUAAGUGUCACUGCAUUAGAGGGAGAUCAACAAGUGACACACACGAUCUCAGAUCUCAGCAGUGGAACUAAAUAUGAUAUCAGUCUCUUCACUGUGUUUGAAACCGUCAGGAGCAGUGGAGUGAACCUCACUGCAGUCACUGUUCCUCUAAAUGCUGGACAGUUUCAAUCUGUUGGACAAAAUGAGACCAGUGUCACUCUGCAGUGGAACAAAGUCAACGGCUCCCUCACAUAUACACUUGUGUCCAUCAAAGGAGAGAUAAAUGUCAUUGCAUUAGAGGGAGAUCAACAAGUGACACACACGAUCUCAGAUCUCAGCAGUGGAACUAAAUAUGAUAUCAGUCUCUUCACUGUGUUUGAAACCGUCAGGAGCAGUGGAGUGAACCUCACUGCAGUCACUGCUCCUCAUAAUGCAGCAGAGUUUAAAUCUGUUGGACAAAAUGAGACCAGUGUCACUCUGCAUUGGAACAAAGUCAACGGCUCCCUCACAUAUACACUUGUGUCCAUCAAAGGAGAGAUAAGUGUCACUGCAUUAGAGGGAGAUCAACAAGUGACACACACGAUCUCAGAUCUCAGCAGUGGAACUAAAUAUGAUAUCAGUCUCUUCACUGUGUUUGAAACCGUCAGGAGCAGUGGAGUGAACCUCACUGCAGUCACUGUUCCUCUAAAUGCUGGACAGUUUCAAUCAGUGGGACAAAAUGAGACCAGUGUCACUCUGCAGUGGAACAAAGUCAACGGCUCCCUCAGAUAUACACUUGUGUCCAGCAAAGGAGAGAUAAGUGUCACUGCAUCAGAGGGAGAUCAACAAGUGACACACACGAUCUCAGAUCUCAGCAGUGGAACUAAAUAUGAUUUCAGUCUCUUCACUGUGUUUGAAACCAUCAGGAGCAGUGGAGUGAACCUCACUGCAGUCACUGAUCCUCGUAAUGCAGCAGAGUUUAAAUCUGUUGGACAAACUGAGACCAGUGUCACUCUGCAGUGGAACAAAGUCAACGGCUCCCUCACAUAUACACUUGUGUCCAUCAAAGGAGAGAUAAGUGUCACUGCAUCAGAGGAAAAUCAACAAGUGACACACACGAUCUCAGAUCUCAGCAGUGGAACUAAAUAUGAUAUCAGUCUCUUCACUGUGUUUGAAACCGUCAGGAGCAGUGGAGUGAACCUCACUGCAGUCACUGUUCCUCUAAAUGCUGGACAGUUUCAAUCUGUUGGACAAAAUGAGACCAGUGUCACUCUGCAGUGGAACAAAGUCAACGGCUCCCUCACAUAUACACUUGUGUCCAGCAAAGGAGAGAUAAACAUCACUGCAUCAGAGAGAGAUCAACAAGUGACACACACGAUCUCAGAUCUCAGAAGUGGAACUAAAAAUGAUAUCAGUCUCUUCACUGUGUUUGAAACCGUCAGGAGCAGUGGAGUGAACCUCACUGCAGUCACUGUUCCUCCUGCGGUGUCUCUUGUCAACGUGACUGAACGCUCUGUGACCAGUCUCGCUCUAAAGUGGCAGAAUGUGGAUAAAGACUGGAGCUACUCACUUCAGAUUAAUGGAAUUGAUGUGACAGUCGCCCCAGAAUUAUCCUCAAAUGUUGUUUCAUAUUCAGUCACAUCUCUGCAGCCCGGGACAGAGUAUUUAUUCAGCGUGAUCACACUGUUCUCCAGACUCAACAGCACUGCUUAUGAGGGCUUCACUGUAACAGCCAUAGACUGUGCCAGUGUGGCCUGGCACGUUACCAACUCAUCGAUCCAAGGGAUGGUUCCAGGCUUGUUCUCGAAAGCAACUGCGAACGAAACUCACGUCAGUCCUGCAGGUGGCGAUGUGUCGUUUACUGGUCUUUACGCUGGCGCAACCUAUGAGGUGUCACUUGUGUACGAAAGUAAUUCCACACUCUUUGAACAAUGUCGCCACAGUCUGAUUGUCCUUCCUCCAAGUUUAAACGCUCACUGUGAGUAUUCGGAAAAUGGCUAUUCCAUCCUUAUAGUCUGGGACAAACCAGACGGUGUGUGGACUGAGGUGGAGGUGAACGUGAGCGGACAAACUCACAUGGUGCCUCAAAACGGGGAACAGCAUACUAAGAUAUCUGGAUUCAGUCCAGCCAGAACUUAUGUGGUGUCUUUAGAUUCGCUCUCUGGGUAUGCGAGAAGUUAUGAACCCCUCGUCUUUCUGUGUUCUACUGAUCCAAGGGGAGUCAUUGCAGGGUCAGUGCUGGGGGUGCUGCUUCUUAUUGCCCUGGUCUGCAUGGUUCUCUUCAUUUUGCUUAAACGACCAGAUUUGAUCAGAAAACACCAAUUCCGUAGUGGAUCCAAACUAUCCCGUAAAAGCUACAGAACUAUAUCAGUAGCAGAGUUUCCCAGCCACUUCUUCCAUUUGAGUGAGGAUGACAACAAAGGUUUCAGCGAAGAAUAUGAGCACCUCCAACUUGUCGGCACAGAGCAGUCAAAAAAAGCGGCGGAUCAACCUGAGAAUCGAAAAAAGAAUCGUUUCAACAACGUGCUGUCAUACAACUGGAGUCGAGUGAAACUAACAGCGUCCAAAUCCAAAGGGACCUCUGACUACAUUAAUGCCAAUUACAUGCCAGGUUUCAACAGCAAAACUGAGUACAUCGCCACUCAGGGUCCUCUGCCCUCCACGGCCACUGAUUUCUGGAGGAUGAUUUGGGAGCAAAAAGUGAAAGGCAUCGUCAUGGUAACCAACUGCGUCGAAUUAGGACGGACCAAGUGUGACCAAUAUUGGCCUGCAGACAGAAAGCCUCGUCUGCACGGAGAAGUCUUGAUCACCGUCAGAUCUGAGCACCGGGAGCCCCACUGGACAUUGAGGGAAUUUAGUGUGAAAAAUAGAAACAUGUCGGAGGAGCGCACCGUGAGACAUUUCCACUUCACAGCCUGGCCCGACCACGGAGUGCCACAGGGCACCAAAGACCUGAUCCAGUUCAGAGGACUGGUGAGACGGCACAUAGAGAGAGAAGGCACCGGAGCACCAACUGUAGUUCACUGCAGUGCUGGAGUGGGGAGGACAGGCACCAUCAUCGCCCUGGAUGUGCUGCUUCAGCAGCUCGACCAAAACAAGGCAGUGAGCAUCAACGGUUUCGUGCACAAGAUGAGACUAAGUCGACCACACAUGGUGCAGACAGAGUCCCAGUACGUGUUCCUGCACCAAUGCAUCAUGGACUGUCUGCCGCAGCAGGAGAUGACGGAAGAAGCCAUAUACGAGAACUCAGAAAUGAUAUACGUCAACGCCACUGCACUCAAAGAGUUUCGUUAACGCAAGAUAGACUUUUGUGCACUGAGAGAAAAUAUAUAAUCCUAAAGUUAAUAUACUAUAUUUUGUUAUAAACUGUAAAUAUGAAGUUUUGAGUUAUAUAUGUACUAUAUAUGCAUCGCAAACCUUGUUAGGUUUUGCUUGAAUUUCCCAAAUAUUGUUAUUGUGUGAGGAAGCAACUCUCCAGAAAAAUCUAAUUUUUUAAAAUUACCUUUAUUAACAAUAACAAAUGUAGGUAGAAAAUAGUGUAUAUCUAUUUGUACAAGAAAUAAAACAUUUUGUAAGAACAAA